CAGUACUGGAUAUUGUGCUUCACACUACUUCACACAGUAGAUACACAUGGAGAUACAGCACAUACAUAAAUUCUAUUUAGUAUACUGAUACACUUCAGUAUCCAAAAAAAAAAAAAAAAAAUCCAAAAAGUGUAUGCAGUCAGUAUGAUGUGGACUUGGUGUGACCCUCAGGAGGUAAAACAAUCAUGGAAUCAACAAUGACUCAAAGCCAGUUGGACGAGGUGGAAAAAUUACUGACCAGUAUAAUCUGCAUGUUGAAUGAGUAUUCCCAGUCUGAGGCAUUGCUCACAUUAGUUGAGGAGCCCCAAUCUGAGCAGGCUAGGAUACUCACCUAUGAUUCGGUUCAGCCUAUCAGUCCCGUCACAGAGGCAGAUGUACGGAGGUCCAAUGGAUUCUGCCUGGCCAACACUGAAACUAUACUUUAUGACUCAUCAUUAUUGAAAGAAAGUGAGAAAUCAAAGUGUGGGAAAGACCACUGACUAUUUUUCAGUGAAGCUGAUUGCUUUAAAUUAAAUAGUGCCUGUGUGAGUCUAUGGGCUCUUAUGUUGCUAAAUACAAGGUGUUGCAUAUACAAAAGUUAAUUAUGAUCAAGUCAAGUCAAGAAGCUUUUGUUGACAUUUCAACCAUAUAUAGCUGUUGCAGUACACAGUGAAAUGAGACAACGUUUCUCCAGGAUCAAGGUGCUACAUAAAAC